AUUCUGCUCUGAGUUCUGCAGUGGAAUCGCAUCCCUCCCCCUACCACCACACCACCCACUUGAGACUUCUGGGGAGCUCUCGAGUCCACUACUCUGAAAGGCGAGGACUCAGACCACCUAGGCGCGGGGACAGCGGACGCGCACCGAGAGACCGCGACUCCGGGUUAGGCUCCAUCGGGGAGCAGCAGUCCAGGAGCCCAGGAGUCCCGGCUGCACCGCAGAACCAGCGCAGGCGCAGCAGGAAACGCCCCGAGCCAGGCCCCGCAGGUCUAGGGGCGAAGUGUCUGGGAGGGACAGGGUGGCGCCAGGCCAGGCUGUCGGCCCCGCUCACCUCUCCCUGGACCUGGGCGGAGCACAGCACCGCCCGCGGGCCUGCGGAUGCCUCGCCCGCCCCCUCCAUGGCCCCGGCCGGCUGCGAGCGGCAGUAUGAGAGCCGGUGCCGCCCCUCGCGGUCCGUGGACGCGUGGCGAGCCGAGGCGGCCUCUCCUGGGCUCUGCAUGGGGACGCCGGGAGUCAGGCGACGCGCACCGCGCGGAGGCUGGGGAUUACCCCGGAGCUCCUCUGCGAUGGCUGCAGCAGGGCUGCUGUGCACUGCGUUGACCGCCUGCAUCUGCUGGAGACAGCUGCCGCCGAUGCCCUGGGCGUCCCCAGUCCCGCCGCGCCCGGUGGGCGUGCUGCUCUGGUGGGAACCCUUUAGGGGGCGCGGCGGCCACUCCAGGCCUCCCCCUGAUUGCAGCCUGCGCUUCAACAUCAGCGGCUGCCGCUUGCUCACCGACCGCGCGGCCUACGGGGAGGCUCAGGCAGUGCUUUUCCACCACCGUGACCUGGUGAAGGGACCCCCCGACUGGCCCCCGCCCUGGGGCGCUCAAGUGCGCACGGACGAGGCUCUAGAGCUACGCGUGUUCGACGACCAGGAGGGAGCGGCGAUGCUAGCAAGGGAAGCCCUGGAGACCACAGGCUCUAGACCCCCGGGUCAGCGCUGGGUGUGGAUGAACUUCGAAUCGCCCUCACACUCCCCUGGGCUGCGGGGCUUAGCUAAGAACCUUUUCAAUUGGACGCUGUCCUACCGUGCCGACUCGGAUAUCUUCGUGCCCUAUGGCUUCCUCUACCCCAGGAACCACCCAGCUGACCAGCCGCCAGGCCUGGGUCCUCCGCUGGCCCGCAAGCGGGGUCUGGUGGCCUGGGUUGUGAGCCACUGGGAUGAGCGCCAGGCCCGGGUCCGUUACUACCACCAGCUGAGCCGGCACGUGUCUGUGCAUGUGUUUGGUCAGGCGGGACCCGGGCAACCAGUGCCUGCCAGCGGGCUGCUGCACACUGUGGCCCGCUACAAGUUUUACCUGGCCUUCGAGAACUCACAGCACGUGGAUUACAUUACCGAGAAGCUGUGGCGGAAUGCCUUCCUGGCCGGGGCCGUGCCAGUGGUGCUAGGUCCUGACCGGGCCAACUAUGAGCGCUUCGUGCCUCGUGGCUCCUUCAUCCAUGUGGAUGACUUCCCCAGUGCUGCCUCACUGGCUGCCUACCUGCUCUUUCUUGACCGAAACCUGGCUGUCUAUCGCCGCUACUUCCACUGGCGUCGGAGCUAUGCGGUGCACAUUACCUCUUUCUGGGAUGAGCCAUGGUGCCGGGCAUGCCAAGCUGUGCAGACCUCUGGGGACCAGCCCAAGAGCAUCCACAACCUGGCAGGCUGGUUUGAGCGUUGAGGCCACUGUCCUGUGAACUGACUGCCUCUCCUUGGCUGAGUUUUGUAAAUACCCAAUUUUGCUUGAUGGGAAAAAGAUGAAUUACCAAUUAAUAUUAUUUAGCACAAGGAUGGGAUGGGAAAAUUCUCAGGUCCUUGUGACUUUUUACGGAGAGCUGAGCUGGUUCUCUGUUAUGGGGCAGUGGUGUCUGGGCGAGGAAAGAGACCCUUCCUUACCUACCACGCAUGUGAAGAAGUGGCCUUUCCUUCUGGUCACGGGCCUUAAUGGGGGUCCAUGUGGCCUCUAAAUCUUAGAUGUAUUUGUUCUCUGCCCCUUGGUUGCUUGGACCAAUGAGGAGCAGACUACUGUUUCUGAAAGCAGGUGGGUGUGAGAUAGUGGGUUUUUCUUUGAUGGUUGGAUUCCUAAAACCCUCUGAUCGUGGAAAAGAAAAGCCAUUGAUUUCCUUCACCAGCUACGUGUGUCCCAGCCUGUGAGUAGAACAAGAAGCAAGAUUAUCCUUAGUGGAAAAUCAAGAUGAAGAUAUGGGGCCACCUCACCUCUCACUAGAAACUUAUUCCUGAAAAGCUGCAUUUAAGCGACACCUCAAAUUCAGGGCCCUAAGGGAGUGCAGUAUUUAAUGGAAAUAAAUGGCAAGUCCCUUUACAAUGUGAAUGAUCAUCUAAUUGUUUCUGCUGUCUGUCUAUUUUCCUGUAACCUGAAUUAAGAAAACAUUGAAAAUACAGAUAUGAAAAAGCACACAUAAUCUUCUGGUCCUUUUCCUAACCAGUGUUUACAAAGGAAGAGAUAUAAACGACGUUGUGCCCACGUUAUUCCACAAGUCUCCUGGGCCUGAGAUUUAAACUGGAGUGUUAGUUCUUCGGCAGUGUUGGCACUGCUGUGCAGAGAGGACAGUAAAAGAGACUUUGAUCGACUAUGGGUUUGUGCAAGAGGAAAACAAAGCUACUUUUGUGGUGUCUGUAUAUGGUGGUUUUGUUUCUGUCCUUUGUUGUUGUUGUUAAUGGAACUGAACUAAUGCCUUCAAAUUAAUUGUCCGUUCUUUGUUAAGUGCUAAAAUCAGCAGGUUCCCCUCUGAAUCUGCAUCUCAGUACACUGGUUUUGGUGCCUUUGAGCCUGUGCUGUGGGACCAGUCUUGAAAAUACUCUCAUUGACUUUCCAGGUUCAACAGACGUCAGGGUGUGCCUGCUCCUGCCAAACACUGAGCUUAAGUUCCCAGGAAAGCACACAAAGGUGUAAGGAAGUGCCUCCUCCUGGGGCUUCUGCAAUCUACCACUGCCACAAUGAAUAGGGAUUUUAGUAAAAAAAAAAAAAAAAAUCACCGUUCAUAAAUCAGAAGGCCUCAUGCUAUGCUAUUAUGCUAGGACCGCCAGUCACUGUUAUGGGCAGGGUCCAAGAUUAAUAUCUUAUCCAGAGUUCUGCCCCUGUUCGGUUAGGACUGUUGUCUGAGUCUUAGAUCAGGUUCAUGUCCAUGAGCUUUUGUUACUUUUAAGCUUGCAAAGCUCACUUAGGCCCAGGUGCUUCUCUUCUCUCCCUUCCAUAAAGGGGGUUAUUAAAAGCUGUGAAUAACAUUUCCUCCUCCAAGUGUUACAGUGUGGGCAGAACUGCAAUUAAAGAACACCAGCCACCCAGCAAAGCAUAACAAAUGUUCCGGGUUUUCUUUGUUUGGGGUUUUCAAGACAGGGUUUCUCUGUGUAGUC